UAUGAUGUCUUAUAUUUUACUUGAUCAGGUCAAAAUAUGGAAACUAGUUAUAUAUCUAUUCUACGUGCUCAAGCGGGAAAACUUUCUGAUCAUGAUUUCAUAACAACAGUCACUUCAGAAAAUUCAAAUAUUUUUGAAAGGAGAGUUGCUGUUCCAGAAAAGUUGGAGUUUUCUACAGUAACAGAUGAGUUGUUACAGGAUAUAGUAAUGGAAUUAAUUACAAAUGAAACAAAUAAAAUGAUUCAAAAUGAUGUCAGAUGGGAAACAUUUUUAGAAAAGUCAUCAGAGGAAAUUUUUUCAGCACUUUUAGAAUCAUUAUUAUUAAUAUUUUUAAGUGAAAUUUGCAUUGAAGUAUUUACAACUGAAAAGGAAGAAAAGCAGUUAUUAUUUGAAGCAAAAGAAAUAGAGAGAAAAACAAUAGAAGUUGAAUGUUUGCAUCUUACUGAAGAAGUGGUUGUUGAAGAAGCUGAAAAAAUUUCAAGAAAUAUCUACAUGGAUAUUAAAACAAAAUGUUUAGAAAUUAUUGGACAAAAUCUAUAUCAUGAUAUAAUCUCUGAAAUUUUAACAUCUGAGAUUUUUGAUAUUGCUAAUGAAAUUCAUUAUAAAGAAAUGGAAAUAAAGAGAAAUAUGCUCAAAGCAAUACAAGAAGAAAUGAAAUUAAUUCGUAUUCGUAAAGUACUUGACAGAUGGAAACAACUUUGCGUGAAAAGACGUCAGCUUGAUGAAGCUCGAAAAACAUUUCCAAGUGCACCUCCAUUGGAAAUGAAAAAUUAUAAGACUCCAAAUGGUAAACGAGAUGCUUUAAAUUUUAGCAAGCAUUUGCAAAAGCAAUGUGUCUUAGAUUUAACAGUAAAAGAUCAAUUGAAGAAUACAAUAUUCUCUGAACCACUAGAUUUGAAAAAUAUUCUUUGGAAUUCAUUAUUUCUCAAAUAUGAGACUUUUCUUGAAUCCUAUACAUUUAAACUGCUGCUUAUUUUGCCAAUGGAGACUGAUGAUCAAUCAUAUUUAUGGAAAAAAUGGUUUACUGAAAAGUUCAAAAAAGACUGUAAUGAAAAUAGUAUUUUGAAAAGUGGGGUUCAAACUGUAAGUUUAUAUACUGCUGAGAUUGAAAGGAAUCAAAACAUGUUAAUAUGCAUUAAAUCUAUUGAUUCAAAGUUACAAGAUUUAUCAAUUUAUCAAGAAUUGUUAGGGACAAAUGCCUUUAUAUUUGUCAUAGGAUAUUGGGAAUCAUCAAUGCAGGAAUUUCAAGAUAAACUGGAAGAGGAAGGACAACGAUUAAUUGAAUAUAUUAAUUACAGACUUGUUUACCCUCCUGUUCCUGUAUACAUAUUUGUUGUGAAUAAUCAUUCUUCUAAAUUAACAAAUGAAGUUACUCUAAUAAUUGAAAAUUCUCUUGAUUUGCCAUAUUUAAAAUCUAAUAAUUUAAUUUUUGAUUGGAAAAUAUCACUCUUGAAUGGUGUUGGUAAACCAAAUAAUGAUUUCCAGCUCUUACAAAGUGUAAAAUGGCUUGCUGAAAAUACUCAAAUUAUUCCUUACUUAACAGCAGCAUAUUUAAAAGAUUUUUUGGAAGAUGGAAUUACAAAAUUUGUUUUUAAUUUGGUUUAUAGUGAUCUGGGAGAAAGACACAAGCAUUGCAUUUAUCAUCAGUGUCCAAGAGCAAUUAUAGCUCUCUAUACAGCUGCUAUCAGUCAUAUGAUAGAUGUUACGUGUUCCUCUUAUCUAGAACAGUUAUCUUGGCCAAUGCCUGAAAUAGCCAUGAUUCAAAAAGAUAAAGAACACCCUCCAGUGUAUUGGAAUUCUUCUGAACAAUUAAGAAAAGUAGAAAAAAUUAUAAGAAACAUUCAACUCAAAGAAUAUCCUGAAAAUUUAAGUACAGAACAUAAAGAUGAUGUAUGGCAAUAUGUUGAUCUCAUCAUUGCAGAUUCAAGGAACAAAAGUUUAAUUUUAAAAUCAAAUAUUCAUCACUUAUUAUCAAGGAGUAAAAACUUAGAUGGAGAAGAAGUAAUUCCUUGGGCAGAUAUUUUACAAAUGUGUAGUUUCUUUCUGCUGGAUAAUAUUGAUUUUGUUGAUAAGGAAACAAACAGAGAAUGGAUGAUUUAUUAUUUAAAAGAUAAAUUUGAACAGUUUUAUCCACCUGAAAAAUGGAAUGAUAUGGUAGACAAAUCCUUCUGGUUACCAGCUAUAGAUACUUCUGUCAGAAAGCGGAAACACAGUCUAGAAGAAAAAGAGUCUAAGGAAAUUAAAUUAUCAUCACCAUCUACUUCAUCUUCGCUUUUGUCCCAGGUUUUUGACGAGACUGUUCGAGAUUUAAACAAAGAAUUAGAAAGUGAAAGAGAGACAUCAAGAUCAUUCACACAACUUCUUAAAAAGUUAGCAGAUGAAGAAAUUGUUGACCAGGAAGUACCAACUUUGGAUAUUAUCAAAUCUCCAUUAAUUAAUCAUCCAGCAAACAAUACAAAUAUCAGUGAAAUGAUUAAAACAAGGGAAGAAUUUACUUUGUGCCAAGAAGACAGUUUAGAAACUAAAUUAAAGCAGUUACAGAUGAAGUUAGAAUCCGAAAGAAAGGCUAACAAGUUGUUCAAAACAAAAUUGUUAUUAAUAAAGCAAGAAGAUUCAUUUGUAUAAUUAAUUAGUGAGAAAAAUUUUUUGUAAACUUAUAAUAUUAGGAUAUAAAAAAUUUAUUAUUUCUUGAGUCACAACAAAAAUUGUAUAUAAUAUUAAAUCUAAAACUUUAAAGUAAAAUAUUUUUUGUACAUACUUGAGCAUUCAUUUUUGUGAAUACCCUCAGGCACUUUAAACAAUAAUUACUUGGAUACAUUAAUCAUUAAGCCAGUAACUUUUCCUUACUUAUAUAUAGUACAUUUACAUCAAAUUACUAGUAGUAAAAAAAAUACAUAUGUAUAUAUAUUUUUUUUAACAUGCCAUUUUGUAAAUUAAAGCACCAGUUAGAAUGUUUCAAAACUGUCAUAUUAUAUUCACUAACAUCUAUUUUUAGGAAUUAAUUAGCACAUAUUUACAUAUAUACAUGAUAUCAACAUAAAUUAUAUUUAAGAAUGCCUCUUAAAAAUUACAAUUUAUAUUAAUUUUUUUACUUACAAGUAUU